CGGAAGUGUCAGCGUAAGCGUUACUUAAGCAGAGACUUGUUACAUAGCGCCCGUAACUCGAUCUUCUUUAUCUAGAAGUUAUAACACGCCUGUCUGUGACGAUACACACUGCGGGUCUCAGUUGCGGCAUUUUAGCGCUCAACAGCGGACAGUUUGCAUCAUAGUUGAACAGCAUUUCAGUGAAGAUGCUUAAAGCCAUCGGUCAAACUUUGUUUUCUACUGGACUCCAGAACCCAAAAUUCACUGCUCAACAGAGUAAGGGUGAAGACUAUGAGGUCCGCACUUACCACACAACAAACUGGGUCAGCACAGCUGUGAUUGGCAUGGAGCAGGACCCAGCCUUCAGCACAGGCUUCAAAAGACUCUUCAAAUACAUUCAGGGGAAUAAUGACAAGAAGUGUAAGGUGGAGAUGACGGCACCAGUGAGCUGUCUGAUCGAGCCCGGUGCAGGACCCACUUGUGAAAGCACCUUCACUGUGUCCUUCUACAUCCCUGAGGAACAUCAGGCUGACCCACCCAAACCCACCGAUCCAGAUGUUUUCAUCGAGAACAGAAAAGAGGUCACGGUUUUUGUGAGGACCUAUGGAGGCUUUACUAAUAGUGAAAGCAGCCAUGCAGAGCUUCUCAAACUGAUAGAGAGCCUUAAGAGGGAUGGGAUGAAAUUCAAGGAGGCUCCUUUCUACAGAGCGGGGUAUGACAGCCCCUUCAAACUGACCAACCGCAGGAACGAGGUGUGGCUGAUCAAAGAAGACGAAUAAAAGUCCUGACGAUCAAACAGUCACGCAACGUCAACUUGUGUGUUUGAACCUAACUAUAGUCAUUGUGCAGAUGCUUUGUUUACUGUGUACCACAAGUGCCUGAAUGCUUUUAUAUGAGAAAUUGAACACUGUACUAAUUGACCAAAUAUUUUACAGCAAUUUUUUUAGGUACCGAAAAGGUUGAAAUAACUUCUAAUUGGCUGUCAGACUGACACAUUUCCUAAAUCUCACUGAUAAAGUCUCAAAGCACUUAGGAUCAAGUACUGCAUGAAUUUAACUUUUUUUAAAUGUCGUUAAAUAUGUUGUCUGUGUUUUGAACUAUUUAUAUCGCACUGAAUAUUGCAUCUAAUCGUUUAAGGGAACAGUAACGUUGCAUUAACUUGAAUUUGUAUUUUGGUCUUAAAAUAACUUGUACAGAUUUUUAAACUCGUCCAUCUAGUGGUAAAAAAAUAAAACUGAAUGCAUCUUGCAAAAGGA